AUGGCAUCCUUCAUAAAAACAGAACACUACGAACCCUACCCAGAACUGUCCCCUCACCUCCUCCAAACACAAUUCACCAACAAAACAGUCGUCAUAACCGGAGCCGGCUCCGGCAUAGGCGCAUCCACAGCCCGCAGCUUCGCCCAAGCCAACGCCGCAAAACUCAUCCUCACCGGCCGCACCGAGUCCACCCUCCAGCAAACAUCCGCCGCCCUCAGCGCAGACUUUCCCGACAUAGAAGUCUCUCUCCGUGCAGGCAGCGUCUCCUCCCCGGAACACGUGGCAUCCCUCUUUGCAAGCCUAGACCGCUCCCCGGAUGUCCUUGUUAAUAACGCCGGGUACCUCUCCGAGCCGGUGAGCUUCGUCGACGCGGAUUUGAAGGAUUGGUGGCAGGGCUUCACGACGAAUGUGGGCCUCAAGACUGGAGCCUAUGACGAGAAGCCGGGUGUGGUGAUCAACAUCAACACGAAAGCGGCGUACGUAUUCCAUAUCCCCGGUAUGAGCAGCUACGGCGCAAGCAAGGCCGCGAUGCUGCGCCUGGCGGAGGUCAUCGCUGACGGCGUCCCGGCGUCUGAAGCGCGCGUUGUCUCGCUUCAUCCUGGCGCGGUGCAGACGGCCCUAUUGACCAAGUCUGGGCUGAAACGGAAACUGACGGAUGAGAGGCUGGCGGGGGACUUUGUGGUUUGGAGUGCUUCGGAGGAGGCGGGGUUUUUGAAUGGGCGGAUGGUGUGGGUGAAUUGGAAUGUCCCCGAGUUGGUUUCGUGGAAGGAUGUUAUUUUCAACGGUCUUCCGAUGUAA